GACUGUGCGCGUGCGCGGCGUCAGGGCAGGGCGGAAGUUGACGUCGCUGCGCCGCCGCCGCAUGACGCACUUCCUGUUUGUUGUUCGAGAAAGGAGAGAAAGGAAAGCGCGAGGAGCCUCCGCCGACACCACCCGCGUACUGUCCCAGAGCUGCGAGGGGACCGGCCGCACACCUCCCUUCUUUUCGCCGCCGGUCGUCCGCGUCCUGGGACUUGUUCCAGCAAACUGUUAAAACAUGGUGGAUUACUAUGAAGUUCUAGGCGUGCAGAGACAUGCCUCCCCUGAGGACAUCAAGAAGGCAUACCGGAAACUGGCGCUACAGUGGCACCCAGAUAAAAAUCCUGAGAAUAAAGAAGAAGCAGAGCGAAAAUUCAAACAAGUGGCUGAGGCAUAUGAGGUGUUAUCAGAUGCUAAAAAACGGGACAUCUAUGACAAAUAUGGCAAAGAAGGCUUAAAUGGUGGUGGAGGAGGUGGAAGUCAUUUUGAUAGUCCAUUUGAGUUUGGGUUCACAUUCCGGAACCCAGACGAUGUCUUCAGGGAAUUUUUUGGUGGAAGGGACCCAUUUUCAUUUGACUUCUUUGAAGACCCAUUUGAAGACCUUUUUGGGAACCGAAGGGGUCCCCGAGGAAGCAGAAACCGUGGCACAGGCUCUUUUUUCUCCGCCUUCAGUGGGUUUCCAUCCUUUGGAGGUGGAUUUUCUGCAUUUGAUACAGGAUUCACUUCGUUCGGGUCCCUGGGCCAUGGGGGCCUCACUUCAUUUUCGUCCACCUCAUUUGGCGGCAGUGGCAUGGGCAACUUCAAGUCUAUAUCAACUUCUACCAAAAUCGUGAACGGUAGAAAGAUCACCACAAAGAGAAUUGUCGAGAAUGGUCAAGAAAGAGUAGAAGUUGAAGAAGAUGGACAGUUAAAGUCCUUAACAAUAAAUGGUGUGGCCAACGAGGAUGCCCUCGCUGAGGAGCGCAUGCGGAGAGGCCAGCAUGCCUUGCCGGCCCAGCCUUCCAGCUCCCGCCCGCCGAAGCCGCCCCGUCCCACCCCGAUGGCUAGGUCUGCGCCGCACUACGUGCUGGAGGAGGAUGAGGAGCAGGACAGGCCGCGGGUCCCUGGUGGCUGGGAUGCCCCCAUGAGCUCAGCAGGAUUUAAAGAAGGUGGCAAGAGGAAGAAGCAGAAGCAGAGAGAGGAGUCGAAGAAGAAGAAGUCGACCAAAGGGAACCACUAGGCUGAACUUGCCCGGCAGACAUGCAGCCCCGCCCGCUCACGGGUGGCCGGCCCGUGCUAGGUAGUGGCUGCCUUUCAGUGCUGUCCAGGGCCACCUCGCUUAGCAGGAUAUGGACGUGUGCUCACGGAUCGUAGGAUCAGGGGCCUCGAGACAGGUGACACCAUGGGUGGCUUGGUAGACGUUUGGGAUACAGCUCGACUUCCUGACUCCGCUUUUCCCCAGCACUAAAUCCGUCAGCGCUUUCCUCUAGCUGUAAGCAGUCCAUCUUUUUCUUUCUACCUUCUCCACCACUAUGCCUCUUAUGAGGUCUUUGUAGCUGUGAGGUGCAGGAAGGUGUGGACAGGGCAUGGGCCUACUAUCGGGAGAUGAUGGUCCUUCUCCGUGGCGCCAGUGUGUGAAGUGAUAUGCAGUUCACUGCAGCGUAGUUUUGGAGGUUGUGACUGCAAUCAGCUCAGUGGCUUCUGGUCUGUUGAGAGCAGUCCUACCACAGGCCAUCGUGAGUCACUGCAGGUGGAAAAUCAUUCCUUCUAGUCAUUGCCCUAGUUCCAGUUCUCUCCAGGGAGUCUGAAGUCGACUCUAUAUAUUGUUUAGUGUGUUUGCUAAACCUCAUGGUUUGGAUAUUUUUUUUUUUUAAUUUUUUUUUUAAGAUAAGCUCUGUUCAGCAAAAACAUUUUUGUCUUUUGUAGGUCAGGAUCAUCAUGCUGGGGAAAAAAGAGGCUGGCUGGUUAUUUAUGCAGAAUCGUGGACACACACGCACACAUACACACAGAAUAUAAUCAGCUCUUGAGCUAUAAGCUUCAACUAAACAUUUGAGUUUGCAAACAUUGAUCCCCUAAAAAGCCCCUUUAUUCUUUCAAGCUUCUGCCCAGCUUUCCGUGCUCGUUUCACCUGCACGAUGUGUUGCUUCUUAGCCUUCUGUUUUCUUGAGCACCAGCUAGACCUCGGGUGUUCCCUGACUUCCUGCCUGCAUGUUUCUCCUGGGGAUGCUGUCCACAGUGUUGCCCCUCUGCCCUCUUGGGAGUGAGGACACAGUGAAAACAGUGACGUGGUAAAAAUCCUGCAGUCUGAUCCAGCAGCCCUGAAUCCAGGCAGGGGUGUUAGAACUGGAGGCCUGAAACAAGUGUCACUUGUGAUUUCACACUGGUCACGUGGAUUUGCUGUGUUUAUUCGGAUUUGAUGGGAAGCAGUACAGUUGGCUGGGUGGUGAGUGGAUUGGAUUGAAUGCUUGUUGUGGAAAUUGUCACCCUGAGCUGUAAUGUACUUUAAUGCUACCAACAUAAAUAAAAUGUGUGAUUAAGGCUA